AUGACAAUGUUAGGUAUCUCGAAAGGAGCUAUUUACAAUCUGAAAAAAGAGUUGCAUGAAUUAGAGAAUUCACACGAGAAAGAAGAAAACCCGGAAGAACCGCCGAGACGACGAACAAGAUCCGAAACCACUUUACCUCCCCGUCCUUCUGCACAGAAACGAGCCCAUUCUCGUAAGUCGUAUGCUUCAUCCUCGACCACAGCUUCAGCCACUUCAUUGAUUCCUACGCCGGUAUCGCCUCUAAAGAAAGGCCACAGUGAACGUUCAAAGAUAAUUUUAUCUGAGUAUGCCAAAGAUACUAUUCGAUUAACCGUUCAUUUAAUGUUAUGUCAGAAAGAGUACCCCACAGUUCGCAAAUUUCUCGAUCGUCUACUUUCCUUAUAUGAGGAUUUUCCUGUCCGUUCGACAAUGACUCUCUGGAGGUGGAUGAAAAGAAUUGGUUUCAAGUAUCGUUCAGUAAAUAAAAUUAAAACUCCUCUUGAUAGUACAUUUUAUAUGGCAGCCAGAUCGAAAUAUUUCCGUGAGAUUCAGGAAAUUCGUGAUAAUAAUGUCAUCCAUUAUUUUCACGAUGAGUCCUGGACCUACCAGAAAGAGGAAAAGAGAUUUGUUUGGACCGACGAUGAAGGUGCAGGUCGCUUAAGAAGCAUUCUGGGAAAAGGAAGUCGACUCGCGAUCAAUGCUAUUCUAAACGACAAAGGUUUUCAUAAACCGUGUAUUGAAAUAUUUAAGUGUGACAAAUAUCAUUCGAUGGACUUUCAGCAUUUUCUUGACUGGCUCUCACUCACCUGUGCAGAACUUCGCGUUAUUCAUGGCAAAAAACCUCGAAUUUGUCUGAUUCUCGAUAAUGCCCGGUGGCAUUUUAAAGAGUCGGAAGAAACGAAAGUCCCUAAAAGAGGAUCACGACAGCUGAUUUUAUAG